AUGAAGUUCUUUAUCAGCGCCCUCAUGGUUCUACUCCCUUUGGUGAUGGCUGCUAAAGCCCUCAAGUCCGUCAUCGUCACGUACCCCAAGGGAACUCCUUCGGGGAUUAUUGACGACGCAAAGCAGGCUAUAGUCGCAGCGGGUGGCAUUAUUACUCAUGAAUAUCACCUCUUCAAUGGAUUCGCGGCUGAAGCUCCUGUGAAUGCCCUCCAGACUCUCUCCUCCCAGUCUAUCCAAUAUAAACCCGAAAUCGAGGAGGACAAGAUCGUGUCGAUUAACGGCGAAUACGUGGGUCAGACACACGACUUCUAA